GACAGCAUGCGUGCCGGCCCCCGGUUUUUGAUCUUCCAUUCCAUACAGUGUGGGCCAUCAUCAGGCGGGCCGAUAUUUCUUUUCUUGUCUCAUCGCUUCAGAGUUCGGACAGGCGCAGGUAAGAAGAAAUGGAGUCUGCGAGGACUUGCUCCCAGCCCGAGCCGGAGCCGGCGGCGCCGCCGUCCGCUGCCGGCGGCCGGGACUGGUCGGAGCUGCCGCUGGACGCGCUGGUGCAGGUCUUCGCCAGGCUCGGCCCCGUCGAGAUCCUCAUGGGCUCGGGGCUCGCGUGCCGCUCGUGGCUGCGGGCGGCCAGGGAGCCCGAGCUGUGGCGGUUCGUGGACAUGGCGAGCCACAGGGUGGUGGAGGAGAUGGACGGAGACGUCCUCCGCGCCAUAGCGGAGGUGGCCGUCGACCGCGCCGGAGGGAAGAUGGAGGCGUUCUCCGGGAAGUACUUUGUCACUGACGACCUUCUCAAGUACAUAGGGGACAGGUCAGCAUCUCUGAAAACCCUCAGCCUCAUAUCAUGCCACGAGGUCUCCAACAAGGGAUUCACCGAACUUGUCAAGAAGUCACCCCUGCUGGAGGACCUCUCCCUCGAGCUCUGCCCGAAAAUCGGCGGUCGCAGCGUGUACGAGUCCACCGGCAAAGCGUGCCCCCGGCUGAGGCGUUUCAGGCUGCGCAGGGAGUGCUUCAGGUUCUCUUUAAACUACCCUCGGCGUGUCGCUGAAGCGCUCGGGAUCGCGGCGAUGAGCGGGCUACGAAGCCUCACCCUCACCAGCAGCAACAUCACCAACGACGAGCUGGUGGCCAUCCUCGACGGCUGCCCUCACCUGGACUCUCUCUGCCUGCGCGACUGCUACAAGGUCAUCGCUGACGCCGACCUGAGAGCCAAGUGUGCCGGGAUCAAGACGCUGGCGCUUCCUGAGUAUGAGCGCUAGCUGGUGAUCUCCGCUACUAUCACGUGGUUGGCUGUUAUUUAUGAUGAGGAUUGUUAGAUAGCAUGGUUUGACAGGAGUUAGUGUUUAUGCAAGUUGUUGUGAUCCUUUUCAAGGCUAUACCUUGCUAUGCAUUUGUUGUUCGGCCUUCAGAUUUGGGGUCCUAGUGCUGAUGUUUUUUUUUUUCCUUUAAAGACCCUGGUGGUGAAGUUUUAGUUUUGCGAGGACUGAAUUACAUUUUGUAAAUUGUGUGCUGGGAUAAAUAACAUUUGAACAUUACCAAAAAAAAAGAUAAGGAAGCCGAAUCUCA